CACCGAAGGGCGUCCCCUGUGUGGUAGGGAACUGGAUGCGGCGUAAUAUCAUGUGGCCUUGCCGUCGCCUUCGAUCCGAUGCUUCAAAUUCGUCUGUUCUACCCUCUUUUGCUCGGACGAGAUGAGCGGGAUGGUGGUUGGAUCCGAGAUGGGACGGCGGGGGACGCCGUCACCGCCUCCGCCGCCGCCGCAGGAGCUUCUGGAGCGGCUCAAGGACUACGGCCAAGAGGACGCCUUCGCCUUCUGGGACGAACUUCAUCCGGAUGAGCGCGACAUCCUCGUCAAGGACAUUGAGAGCAUGGAUCUUCCAAGGCUUGAUCGGAUCAUUAGAUGUUCGCUUGGUUCUCAGGGGCAGUCGUUGCCUGCCAUUGAGCCAGUGCCAGAGACCAGCGUCUCAACUGUGGAAAUGAGAUCUGCAGAGGAAAAGGAAAGGUGGUGGAAGCGAGGUUUGAAGGUCAUUUCAGAAGGAAAGUUAGCUGUCGUACUUCUCUCUGGUGGACAGGGUACCCGACUUGGAAGUUCAGAUCCCAAGGGAUGUUUCAAUAUUGGACUUCCAUCAGGAAAAUCACUUUUUCAACUUCAAGCUGAGAAAAUUUUGUGUGUUCAAAAACUUGCAGCUCAGGCAAAUGAUGUUGGUAUUACGCCAAUUCAAUGGUACAUAAUGACGAGUCCAUUUACUGAUGAUGCUACUCGUAAAUUCUUUGAAAGUCAUAAAUAUUUUGGAUUGGAAGCUGAUCAGGUGAAAUUUUUCCAACAAGGUACUCUUCCCUGUGUUUCCACGGAUGGCAGAUUUAUCAUGGAGACGCCGUAUAAGGUGGCGAAGGCUCCUGAUGGAAAUGGAGGGUUGUAUUCUGCUCUUAAAUCUACAAAAUUACUAGAAGAUAUGUCCUCGAGAGGGGUCAAAUAUGUUGAUUGUUAUGGGGUUGAUAAUGCACUGGUUCGUGUUGCUGAUCCAACAUUCUUAGGAUAUUUUAUUGAUAAAGGUGUCGCUGCAGCAGCAAAGGUUGUUCGCAAGGCUUAUCCACAAGAGAAAGUUGGGGUCUUUGUUCAACAAGGCAGAGGUGGGCCUCUCAGGGUGGUUGAAUACAGUGAGAUGGAUGCAUCAAUGGCUAUUGAGACCAACCAGACCACUGGGCGCCUUCGCUAUUGCUGGAGUAAUGUAUGCUUGCAUAUGUUCACUCUGGAUUUCCUGAAUCAAGUGGCAAUUAACCUUGAAAGGGACAGCAUUUACCACCUCGCCGAGAAGAAAAUUCCCUCUAUCCAUGGAUCCACUGUUGGGUUUAAGCUAGAGCAUUUCAUCUUUGAUGCAUUUGCAUAUGCUCCAUCUAUGGCACUUUUUGAGAUUUUGAGGGAGGAGGAAUUUGCACCAGUUAAGAAUGUAAACGGGGCAAGCUAUGACACUCCUGACAGUGCCAAACUGAUGCUUCUUCGCCUCCACAGUCGCUGGGUAGUCGCUGCUGGAGGAUUCCUAACACAUUCUGUGCCUCUGUACUUGACUGGCGUUGAAAUCUCUCCACUUUGCUCCUAUGCCGGGGAGAACCUCGAAGCCAUAUGCCGUGGAAGGACAUUCCACGCACCUUGUGAGAUCACCUACUAGGCAUGAGACUGCACUCUACAUUCCACUUUGCUCCUUGGAUUAUUAUUAUUAUUUUUUUUUUUGUGUUUAUUUGUUUUGAAAGUUGUUGUGUGUGAUUGAUUAUCACAUGGAAUGUUGUGGCGUGUCUAUUUUCUUUAGCCGUCCCAUUAACAAUA